AGGUCUGGGCGGUCCCCAGUGGGCCCAGCCCCGCCCGGUCCACAGAGCCGCUGUUCCUCCCCGGGGCACACGACGAAACAGCAGCCUCUAUAGGCGGAGAAUCCUUCCCCUUGCGAAGGCUGACACCUGAGGGGAGGGAGACUUCUCGUUUCCACUGGGCUCCUGCAGACCCUCCUCGGAUUGAUUCUGCUUCGGUAUCUGCAUCUGCGAGGGAGAGAAGAAACGGAGCUCACCAUGGCCUCAGAGCGUGGAGCUGCUCUGUGGAGCCUUCUCCUCACCUUUGCUUUUCUCGUCUCCUGCUGCGAAGCCCAAGUGGUUCAGAGCCCCGAGUGGCUUGUUACUGGGGAAGGGAAGGUCUCCACAAUGUCCUGCUCUUUCACCAGCGCUUACCAAGCCUUCUACUGGUACCAGCAGCUGCCUGGGCAAGGGCCGACCCACCUGCUGACCGCGAGCUCUAAUGACAAUGUCACUGUGGGACGGUUCAUAGGCGAGCGCCUGGAAAGUGGGAAACGCAGCUCUCUGCACAUCACCGAGUCCCAGCUGGGGGACUCAGGCAGCUACCUCUGUGCGGUAGAUCACAGUGACACAGGCGGAGUGGUGGACGCAAAGGUUUCUCAGCCUGCUGGGCUGUCUUUCCUGGUGCAGGACAGGACUGACCUCCCCUGUACCAGUGUAGCUGGCUACAAUAGAAUUAUUUGGUACUAUCAGAACCCUGGAGCUGCCCUUCAAGCUGUGAUCUCUGGCUACAACUCUGCCGAACUGAACCUCAACUGCUCUCAUGCCCCAAUCAAGACAAAUGACAACGUGUUUUCGUACCAGCGGUUCCUGAACCGAGGACCCCCAUACAUAACUUCUGGGUACCAGGAAAUUAUUAAUAUCCCCGAGCCCGAGGGAGCUUUGUACAUCCCCAAAGACAGAAAACCCAGCACCCUGGUCUUACCCCACAGGGGCUCAGACAGAGAGAAGGGGCUGGGACGCUGCUGUUCCGCUGUGAAGAUGGGAACAAUCCCAGGCUCAGGGAUUGUGCUGAUUUUUCUCCUGAGUGAGUGA